UCAGAACAGUGGCCCCGCCCAUCAGACGUUACGUAGUCUUCCGUAAGAAAACCAGCAGGUACUCAGGUCUACUGACAUCGGUAGAUCAUCCCGAAGCUCCAUGUCUGCCUGAAGCACUUUGGGUCGGUGAUUCUGGACUCCACGCGCUCCAGCUCGGAUCCCUUGAAAAAGGCCCGUGCAGUAAAGGCCUGUCCCACUGAGCCCAAGCCGAACUCAUGACAGUGUUCGGCUGCAGGAUUCUUAAGUCUCAGCUCAGAAUGAUCUCACAUUUCUUCCCAAAAGCCAGAUAAGAACUGCUGACCUCCUGCGUAGGCCCGUCAGACAGAAGGAAUAAAACUACACAGCAUCCCAGCGAUGAUGACUUUCUAGUGCUCUUGCCAGCGCUCCAAUGGAAGCUCUGGUCACAGCUACACCUCCUCCCAACUCCUCCUAUCUGCCCCCUCCGGCCCCCCUGAAUCCAGCCAUUGCCCCCUCGGUCCAGUUGGGCUUCACCAUCCUGUACACGGCUCUGUACGCGAGCCUCUUCCUGGUGGUCUACGUUCAGCUGUGGCUGCUCUACCUCUACAAGCACAAGCGAUGGAGCUACCAGAGCAUCUUCCUGUUCCUCUGCCUGCUCUGGGCCGCCCUUCGCACCACACUGUUCACCUUUUACUUCUACGACGCUGUGAAGGCAAAUCGCUUCCCGAUAGUGGUCUUCUGGCUCCUCUACUGCUUCCCCGUUUGCCUGCAGUUCUUCACUUUUAGCCUCAUCAAUCUGUAUUUCACUCAGGUAUUACUCAAAAUCCGAGAGUCUUGCAUCUCAGCGCUGAACCGAGGACUAUGGGUGGCCCGGUGUGCAUGUACGACCUUCAGCAUCAUCUUCCUCUGUGUCAACAUUACCUGUGCAGUUCUGGGGGACAGAGACGGCAGCGGCGAGUCGGGGAAGCGGACCUGGAGGCUGGUUUUGGUGCGAGUUAUAGUCAACGACCUGCUUUUCAUCGUGAACGCGGUGCUGCUAGCCGCGGUGCUGCUGAUCUUGACCCGGCACUCCCACUCGGCCAGCCCGUACCUGAUCAACAAGGAGACGACAGUCUGUCGAACGGCAGCUCUGGGUUUGGCGGUGGUCCUCUUGUUCACCAGCCGAGCCUGCUACAACCUGGCAGUCCUGUUUCUGUCCCUGAAACAUCCGGUAGAGUCGUUCGGCUACGACUGGUACAACGUCUCUGAUCAGGCUGACCUGCAGAGCGAACUGGGCGACCGAGGCUACAUCGCCUUUGGUGCCAUCAUCUUCAUAUGGGAGCUGCUCCCAACCAGCCUCCUCAUCCUCAUCUUCAGAGUCCGUAGACCCGCCCAGGAGACCAGCAUGGCCGUCAACAACAGGGUGCUGCCUCGUCCCUAUUUCUUUGACGACCCUCAAGGCAGCGACGACGACAUCCCUGCUCCUUGGGCUCGAGAGUCCACCGAGAGUUCAAGCUGGUACGCAUCAGAAACCGCUCCUCUUCUGUUUGCCAACAACCCUCCAGACCAGAGCCACCAGCACCACUCGUUGUACUCCACCCCUCAGAACUGAGCCCACCCUGAGCUACGCUCUGAGCCGCCGUGUCCACGCUGACGGGUGGAGCGGACCCACCCACUGCACCAAAACCUCAGGAACCUCUGGGAUAAGCACCUUGCAGAGAGCAGCGGUCCGAACCGUGCGCCGCUCUCCCAGUUUAAAAGGACCAAACGUGGCCGUAAAAACUCCCGCAGGAGCUGAAGAAGGGAACGCCGUUUCUCAGCGUCUGAGAAAGAGACGCUGAGCUUGUUUUAUUUUAUUUAUAUACCUGCUGUUGUCAGAAGCAGCUCAUUUAACUUCAUCAAAACUACAGUUUGUACUAAUCUGUCUGCGGCGCUGGUGCAGCCCUGUGACUUUAUAAGCUUUGAGUAUAUUUGAAAGAGCUGCUGCUACUAGCUGCUGUUCUUUUGGUGCAUUCCAGGUUUGAUGUUUUAUUUAUGUGUCUACCUUUUUAACCGUUGCUACAAGUGAAACGUUCCACCCGACGAGCAGGGCUGACCUGCACACACGACUGACUCUGCCUACGUCAACAAACCAAUAAACAUGUUGACAGAAACCUGCUCGUCCUCUUGCUAGCUGGAAAUAUUUAGAGGUUUCAUGUUUCAGUCUGAUGAGUAUCAGCCUUCACUUGUGUUCACAUGUAAUGUACAACAAACCCUCUGGGCUCCGUCUACGGGUCUGCAGCACUGAAUGUCCUUUUCUUUUUGUUUAUAAGGCUGCUUUGGUUCAUUCAUGAACUUAUUCACUGAAACGCAGCUGUUCAGGAAACGGAGCACGUCUCAGCUAGUAGAGGCUAACUGUUAGCAUAAGCAGCUCCACCACACAGCAGAACUCCUCCUGGCUUGUGUUAUUUGUGGAGAUGAAACAUCAACGUUACAAAGAAAACCGAGUCAGUGGUAGAGUUGCAUUUCUGUUAGCCAAUCAGAAGAGAGAUGUCUGAAUAUCAGGAAAUAAAACUGCAGCUACUUUC